GUAUCUAGAUUUUUAAAGUCAUCAUUUUCAUGAGGUGUGUGGCUAAUAAUUUACGUACACAAAUCAGAUAUUGAAACUCAAUUAUGCGCAGGUGUUUUCAAAAUCGAAAGUAAACUAAACAACAACAAAAGCAAUAGAAUACAUACGAGUACCAAUAGAAAGGUGAUGACCCAUCGCGUGCCACAUCCAACGAACCAAACUUCAGUGGCAAUAACAAUAAUAAUAAUGGAUGUAUUAAUGAUAACUAUGAAGGACUAAUAAAUUACGAGUUAGCCUUGUCCAGCCAAUGUGACCAAUAAAAUUUAGCGCGCUGAUAAAUAUCACGAGCCGCCUGCCAACGUCAACAGUAGUGAAUCCGUCAACAUUGUGACAACCAAAGCUCAUUGUCAUAGUCAUGGCCAGACAGUCCGAUUGGUCGCAAUUCAUGACUCGCUUGGGUUGGCUGCUGUUGUGCUUGCAAUCAACGCUGGGUGCACUUCUAGCCGAUGGAGGCUUAGCAGAAGCCGGCUGUGUCAGCGCAACCUUGAUUAAACGCUACAAUCUCAACCCACAGCUGUAUGGACACUGUGAAUACCGUCAAAGAAAUGUAACUGUGCCACUACUACCAAGUCGCUCGCGACGCGAAAUAAAACCAAUAUUUCGUGGUCAUCCCAAGCCGCGCGGCGAAAUAUUGGCGCAUAAAUUUCAUAUGAAUUCAUAUAACUACGAUCAAACCGAUUCGCUGGUGCUGUUGGUGAAUAAAAUCGCCACCGAGUACCUACACAAAUGUCCGCCGGUCAUCUAUUACGACAGUUUCGUGAAGAAGUCGGAGGGCAUGAUACUGGAGACUUUAUUUAAGACCUUUCCCAUAAGUUUCUAUCACGGCGAGAUCAAUGAACAUUAUAAAGCCAUUAAUCACAGGCUGAAACGACGCAUUGAUAGUCACUGCAAAAGCUACAUACUUUUCCUCUCGGAUCCACAAAUGACGCGCAAAAUUAUUGGGCCACAGAUAGAAAGUCGCGUUGUGUUGAUUGCACGCUCUUCACAAUGGAAGCUGAGAGAUUUUCUGGCAUCCGAAACUUCAUCGAAUAUUGUGAACCUACUGGUUGUAGGUGAGUCAUUGACAGAGAGUUCAUUGCGGGAGCGUCCUUACGUGCUGUAUACACACAAGCUGUACACCGAUGGUUUGGGCUCUAACACGCCCAUUGUGCUCACCAGCUGGAUUAGGGGCGCAUUUUCACGGCCUCACGUUAAUCUCUUUCCGCCAAAGUUUACGACGGGCUUUGCUGGUCAUAGUUUUCAAGUAUCGGCCAUUAAUCAGCCACCUUUUAUUUUUCGUAUAAAAAGUCUAGCAGCUGGUGGUGUUUCCCGCACCAACUGGGAUGGUUUCGAGUAUCGUCUACUCACUAUGAUAGCAUCCAAACUCAAUUUCACUAUAGACAUCAUUGAGCCACCGCCCCGACCGGGUAUGAAAAGCAUAAUUGAUAGCAUACAAUUACAAGUCGCCAGUAGAGCUGCUGAUAUUGGCAUGUGUGGACUCUAUAUUACAGAGGGCCGCAUGUUGGACACCGAUAUGUCUGUCGGCCACUCGCUAGAUUGUGCCAGCUUUAUUACGCUUGCGUCCAAAGCAUUACCGAAAUACCGCGCUAUUAUGGGUCCCUUUCAGUGGCCCGUUUGGGUAUGCAUUGUCAUUAUUUAUUUGGGCGCUAUAUUUCCCAUUGUCUACAGUGAUCGGCUGACUUUGCGUCACUUAAUUGGGAAUUGGGGCGAGAUGGAGAACAUGUUUUGGUAUGUCUUUGGCAUGUUCACCAACAGCUUGACUUUCUCGGGCAGGUAUUCUUGGGCCAGUACACAGAAAACAUCAACACGUUUGCUAAUAGGUUCCUAUUGGUUAUUCACUAUAAUUAUAACGGCUUGUUAUACCGGCUCCAUCAUUGCCUUCGUUACAUUGCCAGCAUUUCCGAGUACUGUGGAUUCGGUGAAUGAUUUGUUGGGUCUAUUCUUUCGCGUUGGAACUUUGGACAAUGGCGGCUGGGAGACUUGGUUCCAGAACUCUACCCAUACGCCCACAGUCAGACUGUACAAGAAAAUGGAGUUCGUAUCAAAUCUGGAAGAAGGUAUAGGCAACGUGACACAGAGUUUCUUCUGGAAUUACGCCUUUCUCGGUUCUGCAGCACAGUUGGAAUUUAUGGUGCAGAAGAAUUUCACCGAUGACAACAUAUCGCGACGCUCAGCAUUGCACCUCAGCGAGGAGUGUUUUGCACUCUUUCAAGUUGGAUUUCUCUAUCCACGGGAUUCAGUUUAUAAACGUAAAAUCGACUCAAUGAUUCUGCUAGCACAGCAAAGUGGCCUAACGAAUAAAAUUCUCAACGAAGUCAAAUGGACCAUGCAACGUUCGGCAAGUGGCAAACUGCUGCAGGCCAGCUCGUCCAGUGCACUGCGCGAACGCAUACAAGAAGAACGUCAAUUGACCACCGCGGACACGGAGGGUAUGUUCCUUUUGAUGGGUAUCGGCUAUCUACUCGGUGCCAUAGCACUGGUUUCCGAAAUAGUGGGCGGCAUAGCAAACAAGUGCCGUCAAAUUGUCAGACGCUCACGAAAGUCCAUCUCGAGCGCUUGGUCAUCAAGGCGGAACUCUGAGGACGGGGAAGGCUUGCGCACGGCAGCUGAACAGUUGGCGCACGAGCAACGCAAGGAAGACAGACGAAAGAAUGAGAAGAAGGGCUUUGGUGUACGCGAAUUUAAUCUUACAAAAAAGACGUUGAAAGAACUGUACGGCAACUACUACAAACAGGAACCGAAUUAUGUUUUGAAGGAUGGCAAAUUGCUCUUGGAAACUGAGGCAUUCUCAACCAGCUCAGCUGAUUGCAAUUCACGCGGGUCAAGUGACGAAUUACCAGCGCAGAUGGUGCCACAUUUGCACAGCAAGAAGAAGGCUGUCCUUGUGGCAGAGGUGGAUGUAGAACGUGAAAAAUACUUGCAGCGACAACGAGAACGGGACCUUAUCACGGCGGCAGCCGAAGAGUCUUUAGCGGCACUAGAUGAAUGCCUCAAAAUGCAACGCGACACAAGCAGUAGUGAGAGCGAACGGGGCGGCGCGGAUGUGGCAGACGAAUAUGAGCUAUUCGGUAGUUUCGUUGAGUCCGAAGGUCCGUUGGCAGCUAAAUUAAAUGACUUAAGUCUAUUCAAUGUAGCCGCCGAUGAGAUAACGCAGCUAGAAAACGACCCAAAAGUGGAUUGAGGGUAGUAAAAGGAAAGUGUACUAAAAAUAUUUUGUGAAAAACGGAAGUUUAUUCCAAAAUUGCGCACAACAUCCAUUUAGUAAAAUGGCAGUUACGUACAUACAUUUUAGGUUAAUCGGUUACAUACUCGUACAUAUAAUUUCUAUUCAUAUUCAUAUUUAUCAGCUAAUAGUGCGCUUAAAUUUAGAUUUUGUUUUUGGCAUUCAGGCAUUGCACUUCAACUCAGUACGAACUAAUUAUAAUUUAAAACAAUUACAACAAUAAUAAAUACGUUUGCAUAGCCUCGUUAUAAAUUUUAUCAAU